CUCUUCCCUCCCCUCCGCUCCCUUCAACACUCUCUCUCUCUCCCCCCACGUCGAAGACCGCCGGCGAGCAAAUUCGCAGCGGAAAGCGCGAGCCCGACGAGCCGCGGCGGAGAUGAAGCCGGAGGGGAGCUCGAGGAGAGGGUGGUCGCUGCGGGACUUCGAGAUCGGCAAGCCCCUCGGCAAGGGCAAGUUCGGCCGCGUCUACCUCGCCCGCGAGAUCAAGAGCAAGUACAUAGUGGCGCUGAAGGUGAUUUUCAAGGAGCAGAUCGAGAAGUACCGGAUCCACCACCAGCUGAGGAGAGAGAUGGAGAUCCAAACUAGCCUUCGGCACCCCAACAUCCUCCGCCUCUACGGCUGGUUUCACGACAGCGAGCGCAUCUUCCUGAUACUCGAGUUCGCUUACGGAGGCGAGCUGUACAACGUGCUGAGGAAGCACGGCCGCCUCAACGAGAAGCACGCCGCCACGUACAUUGCUAGCCUUGCGCAAGCGUUGGCCUACUGCCACGAGAACCACGUGAUUCACAGGGAUAUCAAGCCAGAAAAUUUGUUGCUUGAUCAUGAGGGUAGGCUGAAAAUUGCAGACUUCGGAUGGUCUGUACAGUCGAAGAGCAAGAGACACACCAUGUGUGGAACUUUAGAUUACUUGGCACCGGAAAUGGUGGAAAAUAAAGCUCAUGACCAGGCUGUAGAUAACUGGACUGUGGGCAUACUUUGCUAUGAGUUCCUCUACGGUGUCCCUCCAUUUGAGGCUGAGAGCCAAAGUGAUACAUUUAAGAGGAUAAUGAAGGUGGAUUUGGAAUUCCCUCCCGUUCCUCAUGUAUCUCCAGAAGCCAAAAAUCUUAUUUGCCAGCUUCUGGUUAAGGACUCUUCGAAGAGGCUCUCCCUUCAGAAGAUAAUGGAUCACCCUUGGAUCACCAAGAAUGCAAAUCCUGAGGGUAUCUGCAAUGUGUGAGUUUGCUUUGGCUGCGAAGGUUUAGGAUGACAUCCGAGUACGAGGUCCAUUGGAUCAUUGGACGCCAAAAUAGUAAUUUAGCUUGCUGUGUAUGUUGUAAAUGGAAGUUCGUUCAUUGGAAUGAUGAAAAAGCAAAGAGUUGAGAUGUUUUGUCGGAGGCA